UGCUUGGCGCUUGCAUGGCAACUCGUCCAUGUUUAUUUACAUAAAUCUUUGUUCUGGUAAAGAAAGACCGUUUAUAAUGGUUUUAAGUAGAUUAUAGGAGAAUUUCACUUUUAAGAAGAUGAUAUGUUAUGGAUACAGCCUUAUUUUAUACAACAGUGACGAGAAAUGUCUUUAAAAGCUUCGCCUAGGGCUGAUUAAGCCGGUUGAGGUAUGUGUCAAAAAUGUCAUUUGCAUUCAACUAGAUACCGGUUUGUGGCAGUUGUUUGCGAUUUUGCUUCUGUUGCAGCUUGUUUUUAGUUGGUUUUUGCUCUAAUGUUUAGUAUUUUGCGAAUGAAGCGUAGUCUGUUAGCCAGUGUUUUAAAAUAUCUUUGAUAUAAUUCUGAUUCGUGAUGUUCAAACUAAUUUAUGCAAAAUGUUGUCCUAUUUGAGAAUUGAUGCAGUAGUCAUAAAAUAUAUUGAUCUUCUGAAGUUUGAAAUCUCGUAAGGCGAAUUUGGCCUUUUCAGGGGUUUUUGAGUAGAGAGCAUGAUUUAAAAUAACAUGGAAGUUUCCAAAAUUAUUAAUAUGAUCAUGCAUAUGUGUAAAUAACCAAGGGAUUAGCUAAAACCAAUACUGUUACAUGGUUGAAUCGGGGGGAAUGGCCUUGUUCGACUUGCCAGUAGAAUUUAUGUGUGUUCACACUACGGCUGUUACAGUUUGUUUACAAAUUGAAUUAUCACUUAUGUAAACCCAUUGAAGUAUUUCAAAUAGAGCAAAGAAAUUUAAACGAAAGUAAGCAUUCGAAUUUACCGUUUUUAGACCUGAGAUUUUUUGUUUACAAGCGGUACAAAAAAGUAAAGCGUUUGUGUUCACACGAAGCUGCUAAGCGUGACACAGCUAAUCGUGACUUUUCUGUGCCGCUUUCAAAUUCCGGUUAAGUCGAACUCGCGAACUCAAUCUCCUUCCUGACUCGAACAAAUUUUAUUUUCCCUUCGUCAAAUUUACCCGGUUAACUUCAAUUGUAUUUUUAAGAAGUGGAUUGGCACGGACCCCUCCAAGGUGACUUUUCCAUGCAAUUCAUUUAGUUCCGAGGAGAAAUAUCUGGUAAAAAAUCAUGUGUUCGAUUUACUUUGUAAUCUUCGGAAUUCUGCAUUUCUUCGGAAUUCUCUAGAUUUCAAAAUUUCCCCUGAGACACAGAAUCACCCUACCAACUCGCUUUGCCCCCCGUCCCAAAUUAAGGAUCUGGCUACACCACUGUUCCAUGGGUAUCUGGGCUUAAAAAAUAGGUGUACGGAUGUGCGGUUGUAUGCUGAAAUUAGCUUGGUGUACGCCAAGACAUUCACCUCUAACCCUGAUCCUGAAAUAUCCAUGUAUUUAUAACAAUCAAACAUGAAACAUUGAUCUAGAAACAUUGAGUUCACUGCUCGAAUCCCGGAUGGCCAUCUUUGUUUAUGUCGUUUACAUCCAGCGUUUCAAAUGCAUUUCUAUAAGGGGAUUUUAUACAAAAACUAGUAUACAAAAUCAUAACUCAUAAGUUAACAUUGAUUAAACAUACGGCAUGUUAACUUAAUACAGAGCAUACAACCUCGUACGGCAUUUCUGAUUUUUUUAAGCCCUGCGGUAUGUAAGAAGCCACGUUGCGACUUCAGAUCACUCCUGUUGAAGACACCAGACUGGAGUGUCGAAACAUUGGGUUGUGAAUGCAAUUCGACUGGCCUUUGCAUUCAUUUAUAAAAACCAGAAUCAAAUGUUAUUUGUAGCAUUUCAUCUCCUUGUUCAAAAGAAGACUCCUGAUGUUGAAAAGCUCGGCAAGAAAGGGCUCACCAGGUGGCUCAACAAGGAACGUCCCUCACACACGUCUCGAGGACGAGAAUGAGUUUGAGAAAGUUUACGAGUUCAGACAAGAACUGGGCAGGGGGAGUUUUGGCCGUGUUUAUGAAGCUCAAUGUCAAACUACUGGUUUAAAAUGGGCUGUGAAAUCUGUCAAUAAGGAGAAGGUAGACUGUGAUGUAUUCAGUAUAAAUGUAGAGUGACGCACAUUCAAAUAAAACAAUGUUCAAGUGACAUUUUAAAUGUCCAAGUCUUACAAAAAAAUUCAACUUCCCCCAAUGACCGAUAUUUAUUGUGAAAAUAAUUAUUUUCCUUUCGUUGUGGUCUCCAGAAGCUCUAAGGCUAGGCUGUUUACACUAUGGACAAGCUUUCGUUGGUGGGGAUGCAAUUACUACCUGAAAAUAUAUUUAUAAGGAGAAUUUUGACGUUUCGUGGGAAGGCUUUUCGUCUGGAGUUAUUUGAGUUAUUGGCUAGUAACUCCAAAGCAUCUUCAUGAGCAUAUAACAGGAUUUGGUAGACAUAUGGGCUUGCUCAUCACCAUACCAAAAUCUGUUAUCUUCUGUAGCCACAAAUCGCUGUGGUUACAAGGUAGAGCUGCUCCCGAUUAAUCGAUCAAUCGAAUAAUCGAUUAUUUUUCCACAAUCGAUUAUGCUUAACAGUAAUCGGAUCAUCUAUAACACCACGCAGCGUUAUGCGCAAAUGAGUUAAUUACGAGUGCUGCGAAAAUAUCUUUAAAGUUUUUUACUAGAAGAAUGUAUUACCAUUUGCGUCCAACAUUGCGACGUGCGGACAUAAACCAAUUAUCCAUAAGAGAUGGAGUCUUGCGAAUUUAGUAAAGUUCAAUUACAAUUUAGAAACCAGUCAAACCACCAUGGGCUUGUCAUAUUUAAAUUAAUUAUCAAUGCGAUUAAUCGAUAUUAAUCGAUUGUUGACAACGAUUAAUCGAUUACGAAAAUUAACCGAUGGGAGCAGCUCUAUUAUAAGGUAUACAGAAAUCCUUUAUAGCCACAAACCGUCAAGGCUACAAGGUAUACUGAAAUCCAAUAUCCAUUAUAGCCACAAACUGCCAUGGCUAAAAGGUAUACUGCAAUCUGGUAUCCUUUACAGCCAGCCACAAACCGCUGUGACUAUCUACUGUAAGGUAUACUGAAAUCCAGUAUCCUUUACUCUGUUUACAGCCACAAGUCGCUGUGGCUACAAGGUAUACUGAAAUCUGGUAUUGUUUAUAGCGGCCACAAACCGCCGUGGCUGUAGGGUUUUCUGAAAUCCAGUAUCCUUUAUAGCCACAAACUGCCGUGGUUGUAAGGUAUACUGAAAUCCGUUAUCCUUAAAAGCCACAAACCGCCGUGGCUGCAAGGUAUACUGAAAGCUGGUGUUGUUUAUAGCCACAGACCGUCGUGGCUGUAGGGUUUUCCGAAAUCCAGCAUCCUUUAUAGCCACAAACCGCCGUUGGCUAUAAGGUGUACUGAAAUCCGGUAUCCUUAAAAGCCAAGUAACUGCUAGGGUGGGCUGGAGUGAUUUGGGAUGGGCCAUGGAAAAUCUUUGGGCAGUUUCGAUGGGCCGCCAAUUUUUUUGUAUGUCCACGGUUGGGCCACCAAACAAAAACCCAUGCAUGUCUACUUCAAAAAAUAAAGAUAUUAAUAAUAAAAGUAAACAAAACUAUCCAAAUUAGUUUAUACAACAACAAGAAGUGGUCGAAUCACAGCAAUACAACCAACUGGAGAGCAGCUCAGUAUCAACGUGUUGGUCAAGCUUGGUGGAAUUAUGUAUGUCAAUACAGUGCCGUGUAUAUUUACAAUGUUCAUACGUGCAAGUUUUUUUUAUUAUUAAAGUGUAUUUUCCCAAUUUAGAUUGGGUGGGUCAUGAAAAUUUUUUUGUAAGAUUAGAUGGGCUUUGAAAUUUUUAUCUACAUCCUAAGAUGGGUCACCGAAUUUAUUGGCAAAAUUUGUGAUUUACCUCCAGCCCACCCUAGCAGUUACUUUAUGACCAGUCGCUAACUUUAAUCCUGGUUUAAGUUUUUCAUAUAUUUGGAAGCGCUGUAACAUUUUGAGUUAUUUGGUCUACAUAUCUUUUAAAAUUUCCUUUCAUUGGCUGUUUUAUUAACUCUCAAAAACUGGAAAAUUGCGCCGCGUUGUCGAAUCGCGUCUUGUGUGUCUCGGCCUUAAGGUCCAGACACACCGGACGCGCGAUUCGACAACGCGACGAGAUUUUUUAGUUUUUGAAAGUUAAUAAAACAGCCAAUGAGAGCAGAUUUUAAAAUAUAUGUAGAUCAACUAACUCAAAAUGUUAUUACGCUUCUAAACAUUUGGAAAUUUAAACUAGGAUCAAAGGUAUCGGUCAGUGAAAAUCGAAAAAUCGCGUCGCGUUGUCGAAUCUCGUCCGGUGUGUCUGGACUUGUGGCAAGUCUAGGACCUUUAAGAUGCGUAGCAAACCGUUGCCACGAUGAAAUUAAUGUGUGAAACGUUCCAUUUAUGAACGAAGCUGACAUGCUGACCACAUCUUUAAACAUUCAUUACUGCCUUGUGACCAUAACAUAAUGAUACAUCUUGCAAUAAAGAUUGAAGGGCUACAUACAGGGUCUUAGCCAGAGGGCCGUGUUGGCCGUGUUAUCGCGGCCAAAAAGGGAAAAACACGGCUAGAUAAAAUGAAUGCAGUUUCAUUAUUUAUAUAAGGCUGUGUAGGUUCAUAAAAUAACAAACAGAAUUUCUUCCUAUUCACUGUACGUUGUAAGAAAGUUUGUAAAAUCUACGGUUAUUGUUGAAAUUGGCGAAAGUGAUCUGCAUGUGAUGUUUUAAUGUUUUGGUGGAUAAUGGGAACUGUAUGGUGUUACAAUGGUUUUAAAUACCCCCAAGAGUUGCUGAAAAAACUUAAUAUUUUAAUGUCAGUGCGUAAUAUGAGCGUAUGCUCGCCUUGUAUUUGGUUGCAAAGCAUAGAACAACCACAGGUAUGGUCUGUUGUUGGCGACCAUAACUAGAACCGCGAAUUUGGCUAUUUGAGGAAAUUGACAUGUGCAAACCCUGGUCAUUUAGAAACACGCCCAAGUUCUAAAAUCCUAGCUAAGACCCUGGCUAUAUAUAAGAGAGAAGCUUACGGUAAAAUGCUUGGUAUUUAGGCUGGUAGUUAUGCCGUAAAGAUGCUGGAACGCGAAGUGAAUAUUAUGAAAAUGAUUGAUCAUCAGCAUGUUGUCUGUUUGAAUGAAGUAUAUGAAACACCUACGGUAUGUGAGCUCUUCAUGAAAGCUGACUCGCUCCAACAGGCCGUUGUUUAUUUAUGAGUAACAUUCUCUAAUCUCUACAUUCAUGAGCCAUGCUACAUCCUAUAUAAUCUAUGGUUUUAGAAAAUGUUUCUGGUUAUGGAGUUAUGUGACCAAGGUGAAUUGUGUGAUCUUCUCCGAGUGAGAAAAACUUUGAAUGAAAAUGUGAGUACAAUUUUCUCAUUUGAAACUAAAACGUACUCUCAGGGGCGGAUCUAUAGCGUCAUCUGCAAGGAGGGGUGCAAGUUAUCCAUGGGGUGGUGCAUGAGGGAGCCUUACUGCCCACUCUCCUCUGCAGUCUGCAACGCUACUAUCCCAAUAUUACCAUUAUUUGAGAUGGCCGAAUCUGUAUGUUCGCCGUUCUAUUACGUUUUACAUUGUCUUUUGUUUAGAAAGUUUAUAUCAGAUUUUUAUCACAUAUGUGUGACUGGACAGUCGCUGUAGCACAGCACAGUACAGUAACGUUUCUUGUGAUAGUACAGUAUAUUUGAAAAUAUGGCUGUAUAACAACCUCGACAUGUUUAUAUAUUUAACCAUGAUAUUUAACUAAGGCAUUCUGAGUAUUUUUUCGUGAGCUCACAAAUCAAUUAAAUCGUUUCAAGGAAUCGACAUGCGCUAACAGUAGAAGUUACGCUAUAAUCGCUAUUCGAUAAGCAGAAAAUGUAUGGUCAAGCAGAUUUUGUAGGGUGGUGCUGGACUUCUCUAGGGGGUGCUAGACAUCGCUAGAUGAGGUACGCCCCCCCCCCCCCAGUACUCGCAUGUGAUUUCUUCCCCAGAUGGAGUUCCAUCCUGAACAUAAAAUUCUCCAUUCUAAACCCAGGAAACGCUCACAGUGAUCAGACAGUUAGCAGAUGCAAUUGCAUACCUGCAUGAUCUAGGUAAGAUUUGAUAUCAAUUUGAUGCGUUCUUUCAUUAUCAUUAAAUAUUAAAUGGUUUUUUUAUGGUCUUACAGAUAUUGUUCAUAGAGACUUGAAGUUAGAAAAUAUUUUAUUAUGUAAACCUGUUAAUGAUGAACCAAUUAACAUUAAAGUAAGUAAAUAAGAAUCUGAAACAUACAGUAUUCGGAUAUCCACUGAUCCACAGGAUACUAAAAUUUGGCUGGGAUACUAAAAUUUGGUUUUGAUUAUUAUAAAUGGGUUAUUCACAUAUCUUGGCAUUAAUACAAUGAAUUAUAAUAUGUUUAUACAUAAGGUAUCUAAAAAGUUAAAUUUGUAUAAUAUACAAGUAAUGAAGUUACCAAUGAAACGAUAUUUAGAAACUCUAUCACUGAAGUUUAUUCCUUGCGUCAAAGCACAUUGCUGGAAUAAAACUAUGUUUGUACCUGUUAGUACGACACUUUGGUUGGGACAAACAGUCUUUAUUGUGCGUCCGUGCAUGCGCGACCACCCAUGUUCGUGGCUGAAGGUCGUUCAAUCGGUUGUUGGGUUUAGUAAUCUUCUCAAAGGUUUUCGUACACAACUCAUAUCUCGGGUCUAAGCGAGGGAUUUAUGGGCGAUUUCAAGGCGUCGAUGUAAUGUAAACCUGGGUAUAAUAUACGCAAGGCACGCUUCUGAACAAGUUCUAUCUUGUUUGAAAGAUAAUCAGGGAGGCUCGUAUGCCAAACUGCUCUGGGACUGAACGUAGCAGGGCAAAGAAAACUGGUAGUAGGUCCGCCGAUGGAACACCACGUCUCCGCAGUAUGCGCAAAAUGUACAGGCGCUUAUAGAAGCUUUUUUCACUAGAAUGUUGACAUUAUCAUUCCACUUCAGAUGGUCGUUCGGAGUGACACCAAGUACUUUAAAUGAUGAUACGAUGUUGAGUGGAUUCCCGUUGAUAUGCAGGGAGGCAAUGUUCGCAUUUUGUCGGACACUAGAUUCUCAAAUGGGAUGUUAGAACUUUGAAUCCCGAAAAAAAAUUAAAUUUCAGACCCGUAGUAAAAUUUAUUCUCGAGUGAUAUAUUUGUUCGUCCUUUUUGACCCACAGAGCGCCAUCGUUCUCCUCGUGACGAUUAAAAUUAUCCAGCGUUAGACAAAGUAUAGUAAAAAAUAGGUGCAUCAGGGCACAAUACCAUUUAUGGGUGAAUCUUAAGUUUCGACUUGUUUUAUUGUUUCAACAUCUUCGUUUAGAUCAGCGAUUUUGGUUUGUCGUAUAUCAAAGGCAGCGGAGAAGCGAUGAUGCAAAGUGUGUGUGGAACGCCUAUGUAUAUGGGUAAGAGCGACAGACAUAUUUAUUUCUUGAAAUAUCCUUGUGGUAGACUUGCCCUAGCAUACAUACAGAAGUAGCCAAGUACUGCGCAACAUUUGUAACAAAUUUUCAGGCAGGCCUAGAAAAUAUAUUUCUCUUCCUGACAGCAAAAUCGAAAUUAUAAAAAUCUCCUCUGUUACACUGGAAAAUGCAUACUUAUGAGAUUUACAAUUGCACCACUAAAUCCAUAGUAUAUCCAUACUAUUUCGACACUGUAUCCAUAGUAUGGGAGUAUAUAUUAAUUAUUAUGGAUAAUCAAAAUUCAUUCGCUUUCCAAUAAAGGUCCAUACAAUUUCCAUUCUAUGGAUUUUCAAUUUUUUUUUCCAGUGUUAGCAAUAGCCAAAUAUAAAACUUUCUACAUACAGCUAUUUCAAUCAAGGUUGUCCCCGAGCAAAGCGGAAAAGUCGAAUACGAGCGCGAAAGGCUUGCUGGGAAUCGCUAAAAAAUGAUUUUUUAGCGAUUCACAGCAGCAUUUCCCCCUCGUAUUCGACUUUUCCGCUUUGCUCGGGGACAACAUUAAUUGAAAUAGCUGCAGUAUACAGUAUAGACUUCAGAGAACAUGUGAUGCCACAUAUUGUGAUAAACCUACAAUCUCGGCACAGGACAAUCUCGACCUGAAAAAUGCUUUUGACAUGGUGCCUGCGAUGAUGCCUGCAAAUUUGGGCCCGCGUGAAACUCUCUGAGUUUUGAAUAAGAGUAUUUUUCUCAAUUUUAGCUCCAGAAGUGAUUGAUGAACAUGAGUACAGUAGACAAUGCGAUAUUUGGAGCAUUGGAGUUAUUUUAUUUACACUGUAAGUGAUUAUCCGAUAUAAAUGAAGUAAUUAGUUUAGAUUUCCUCCUGUAGUAACAAUGGAUCAAUAUAAGAGAUGAUCCUUACUGGACCUGUAGGAAAAACAGUUUAGAACUGAUAGAGCUAUCCCGUAUAAAUAAAGUUAGAACUGAUAGAGCUAUCCCGUAUAAAUAAAGUUAGUCUAGUUUAGCUUAUCCUUAGUGGAUCUCUAAGGAGAACAUUGAGAUCCAGUACAAAUAAUUUUGUUUUUGCAGUCUUACAGGUUCACCGCCAUUUCAAGCCCCGACUGAAGAGAAACUGUAUCAAUUGAUCAAACAAGGACAGUUAGACUUUACCCAUCCGUGUUGGCAGACAAUUAAUGAAUCAGGUAUUUCUAUAUGUUAUGAUGUAUGUUGAAUAUUUCUGUACAACAUCAUAGAAAUAAUAGAAUGAUACUGAUUUUUUUCUAUUUGAGAUUCUACUCGUGAUGUAAAUGUAUAGGUGUAUUGAUCUUCUUACGAGUAUGAGCCGGGCAAGCAGAAAAUUCUAUUUGAUCACGGCUGGGAAUCAAACCAGCGACCUUCGCAUUUCUAUAUCAUAGAUACUCUAUCUAAAUUAUUUCUAUGUUGUACACGUAUAUGAAGACAAGUUACUGGCAGAUGUUUGAAUGUACUCUUUGUAUUUUCAACAGCCAAAAAUCUCUUGGAAGGAAUGCUCGAGGUUGAUCCAGCACACAGAUCUACGGCGAUGGAAAUCAAGGAUCAUCCUUGGGUAAAUGUAAGUCUGGCGUUUUCUUUCAUUUGCGUUCACUUUCAUUUGCGUUCUCUUUCAUUUGCGUUCACUUUCAUUUGCGUUCACUUUCAUUUGCGUUCCUUUCAUUUGCGUUCGCUUUCAUUUGCGUUCGCUUUCAUUUGCGUUCACUUUCAUUUGCGUUCCCUUUCAUUUGCGUUCACUUUCAUUUGCGUUCCCUUUCAUUUGCGUUUUCUUUUUUUACUUUAUAUUUUCUUUUUUUACUUUAGGGUGAUAAUGAAUCUUCUGCUCGUGUUAAUGUGAUUCAAAUGAUGAAAGAGUAUAACGCAGAGCAGAAAAAGGUUUCGUAAUUCAACUAGAGCCAGUUGUAUAACCCUCGGGGAGAAUGGGGAGGCAUCUACAGAAAGGAACCAUACUAUACUGGUGUCGUAUGUAAUAGUAGGAGGGUCUGGUGGCAUUCUCCCCUUGAAAAUGUUCGUGUUUUUUCACCCCUAGGAAAGGUAUUUACAACACAAUAUUUAGCAUUUUUAAAAAGACUAAAUAACACACAUGACAUAAGAUUCACAAAGCAAGGUUCAGUUACUAGAAUAUCAAACCUCCCUUCCAAAUUCCAUUUUUCGUCCAAUGUUUUGCUUAUAUUUUAGACGAAAGGGACGGGGGGCACCACAGGGGAUGGGGGCUUUGCCCCCCCAGUUAUAUGGUUAAAAAGGCCUUGUUUCGAACACCCGGCCCCUGUUAAGUAACUCUUGUGGCUAUAGUUUGCGUAUACACGAUGUUAAUUUACACAAACACAUCUUUAGUACGCCUAUGUUCAAAUUGACUGCGCGAAAGUCUGACCAAAACAUAAUACGACAAUUAGUAAUAACAAGUUUUGUUCGCUUAGAUGAACACAAGCAAUCAUAACAAUAAUAUUGAAGAAACGGAAAAAGCAGAUGCAGAGGAGGAGAUUGUUGAAGUUGUCCAACAAAACAACGUAAGUUAAAGACAGAGGGCCGAUAGUUUUAUUUUUCACAACUACUUCAGGUUAGGUCUAAACGCCCAUUUCCACUCAGGAAAAUUUUCCGCAGAAAGAAAAUUUUGUCGGAAAAUAAUUUUGAAGUUGAAAUUUUUCAACUUUUAACAAUGAUAUUUUCGGAAAAGUUUCUGUCCGUGGAAAUUUUUCUUGAGUGGAAAUGGCCUUAAUAAAUGUAUAAAAAUUCCACAAGAAAUUUCCGUCUACAAAAUAUCUUCAACAAUAAGUUAGUAUAGCCGGUCAGUAACUAAUGCAGCAGUAUAUUUUAGUUGUUCGUGCGGUGUGCCUAGAAUUACAAGGGUAAUUGUGUACUAGUUUGCAUGGCAACUUUCGUAAUUCAGAUUGACUUUUUUAACCUGAAUUUUAUCAUGUUAUUUCUCAGCAGGAGAUGAAGAAAUCGCCAUCAAAAACUAGUUUAAAGAAAGAUACAAAAGAUCGAAAAAAAUCUCCUGCUGUAAGUACAUACAGUCUUUUAAGCCUGGUUCACACUAGCAAUUUUGUCGGCGAUUUUGUAUUUCUGAUGGAUGCAAAUGAGUGAACUCGCACACAAAAGUAUAGAGUUGCUUUUCAGAAGUAGAACAUUCCAAGUCUUUUGCAUGUCAUUCAUUCAAUCACAUUUGCCACGAGGAGAAAAAUCGCCGACAGAAUUGCUAGUGUUAACCAGGCUUUAAGCCCGCCGCACACGAGAGCAAGGCCAAAAAAAAAUAUGUGGGUUUCCGGUUUCUUCUUAUAAAAACGUAGGUAGGGUAGGUCGGUUUUAACUUUUUUUUUUUAAACUUUUUUUUUAAUUUUCCGAACAAGCGGACGCCAUUUUGUUUAGUGAGUGCUUCCACAUCCAAAGAUAAAUUUCCCUAAUAUUGCCUCAAAUUUCAAUUUUCCACAAACUUUUUCCUCUAAGUGGAAACACUUACAAGCAUGAUCCAAUAAAAAAGUUUAGGGUCGGGAUUUCGACGUCCAAAAGCUAGGUAGGGUCGGGGAACAGGAAACCCACAUAUUUUUUUUUGGCCCAAUUUGCUGAGCUAACCGCCUGGCGAGGCGAUUAGCUCAGCAAGAUGCUCUCGUGUGCGGAUAGUUUCCGUGAGGAUUUAACCUCUUGAGGAAAAUAUCUAUCGUGUUUGAUAUUUUUCGCCUCGCGAGGAAAAAAUCUCAGCGGCAUCUGCGGAUGUUGUGAGCUAAGUGCUGAGCUGUUUGAAUCAAUUAGCCAAUGACAAACCAUGGUUUCUUCAUGUGACUUGGAACAAAUUGGAGGAAAAUGCAAAUGAUUUUGUUAUUUAUGUUGUUGUUGAGUAGUUUUCUCCACGUGUGCGGUGAAAAUACACAGCUGAGCUAGCUGCCACGCGAGGCGGUUAGCUCAGCAAGUUGCUCUCGUGUGCGGCGGGCUUUAAUGUAUAGGGUGCGAUAAUUCAAUUUUUUUAGUUGUGCCUGACUGGUACUGCACUUACAACCUUGUGUCGUCAACAUUGUAAGCCUCGAGGUGUAUCUAGUCUUUAGAAUGAAACAUAAUGUACAUGUUUCUGAAGGGUAUUCAUUCAGUAACCUGACUCUAGUAGAUUAUAGAUGCACAAACACUACGGUCGACUCUAACAUUCCUUAGUCCUAUCUCAUACCUCAUCAUAUCAGUCUAAUCGUGUUUAAAGCCAAGUCAUGCUAGACUUGCUCAUAUUCCAACUAAAUUACGGUUUUGAAUAACUUGGGCUUGGAAAGUUAAGCAGAUAACAAGAGUACCGCGUACCUACUUGGUACGUCACUGAAAAGACAGAAGUACCUCUGGUACGUAAGUACGCGAAUUGUCGCACCCUGAGUUGUAAGCUUGACUCGUAAUCUUAUUCAUCUUUUCAUGAGAAUGAAUAUUUUAUCAUCGCUUCUGAUAUCGUCUGCACGUAACAAGUUGUUAACAAGUUCGCAACAAGCUCGUAGCAACGUAAGAACGCACAAGUUGUAACAAACCUGCAUGCAGCAGACUUGUAGCAAUGCUGUUCCAACAACUUGUCAUCAGGAUGUGAUCGCACUGCUUGUUCCCAGCUUGUUAACAACUUGCUAUAAAGUUGUUGAACUCAACAGACUUGUUACAAGUUGUUCCAACAACUUGUCAUCGUUCUUCAAUUCAACAAUUUGUCAACAAGUUGUGAGUGACAACCUUGUAGCAACUUGAUAAAAUAACAUCAUUUUUACAACUUGUUGAAAAGCUUGCUACAAGCCUGUUGUGAGCACAUCUUGUUGGCAAGUUGCGAGCACAUCUUUUUGACAAGUUGCGAGAUUUUUACGUGUUGACUUCCUUUGUCUUGUCCAAAUAUUAUGACCAUCAAGGUUUACCAAUAAAAAAGUUUUGCAAAAGAUAUAAAUACCAGUAUAUGCUCAAAAAUAUUAAAGUCAUCGCCAUAUACAAACCGACAAGAAUUUAAUAGUGAACGUUGUCAUGUUUUCAGCAAACGUCAUCACGGAUAGGCAAAUCAAGCUCGUCUUCACAGCUCAAUACAUCAUCCAAUCGUGAAAAUUCAGGCAAGAAAAAAACACCCAGUCAUACGCAGCGAGCACACAGCUCUUCAAAUCCAACCAACGCCAGUACUCGCACGACAAAACAGCGCAAAGAUAAAACUAGGUGACCUAGGUAGCCAUAUUGUAAAUAGAUAUAGUCAUGGGGUAGUUUUUCUUGACGAGAGACGUGUCUCUGCACAAACUGUUUGCCAUUUAUGGAGUUAUAUAUAUAUAGUAUGUGUAGAUGCCGUUUUAUUAUUUUGGGAUUUAAUAUUAAAGAUAUUUUUAGAUAAUCAGUUGUAACUUGUAAAAUAUCAAUUUUCGUCUUGAAGAAUUGAAACUAUUUCUAAACCAG